UAAAUCUAAUUAAGUUUAUCAGUUGAAAAUAUUGUCAGAAUAGAUUAUUAAUAGAACUUUCAGUUUUUUUUUUUUUUUUGGUCCUAAAUUCAAGUGAAGUGUAUAAAAAUGCCGCCCAGUUAUGCAUCAGAGAAGGCAGAACUACUGGAUGUGAUAGCACCGCGCCAUUCGCUGUUAUCGGGACGAUAUAAGCAGAGCUUCGCCUACAUAGCGCUACAGUCACGAAUGCCGGGUAUAAUGUCGCAAGUCACUAAAACUCUGCUCCUAAACCAAUCGUACUUGGAAAAGCUCCAUGGCACUAAUCUCGAUAAGGAGAUUCAUAUCAUCAUUGAGAGUAUAGAGCGAUUACGAAAGGAACUCCGCCGUGAUCGCGAGUUUCUGCUAUUCCAUGGCAACGAGUCGGACAAACCUGAAUGGAAUGCGUUUAUAAGCGAGCUGCCCCGGCCCAAGCGGUCAUACUUUCGGGCCAGUUGGCUGCACUCGGAGUGCUACCUGUACAGACGCAUCCAUUCCUUCUUUGAGAGCAGCAAGUACUUGCGUGACUUCGAUUACUUUGCAGACCUCAAGAGAGAUGACCUUAUAAUCAGUGCCCGAGCAAUUAACUGCCUCACCAUGGCCACUCGAGGGCUAAGUAAAAACUACGAGUGCUUUAGUAGGUUAAUGCGCAUUAAUCUGUGGAGCAAUCACUUUGACAUUCAGCUCGCUGCAUUUGUCUUUGACUCGCCUGAGGAUAAUAAAAACAUCGACGUACUAGCCAAGGUGGCCGAUCUGGAUCGUCGGAUUUUGGUCGACGAGAGCCUACAGGUUUGGAACUGUCUGCUCAAGGCGAAGGGCCAAAAGGAGAUUAUUGUCGACUAUAUCUGUGACAACAGCGGAUUUGAACUAUUUACGGAUUUGCUGUUCGUCGAGUAUCUAAUCGAUCAAGAACUGGCAACUCAAGUUCGACUGCAUGUCAAGGCCAUACCCUGGUACAUAUCCGAUGCAAUGAAAUCGGACGUCGAAUGGACUAUAAGCUAUUUAAAAGACAACAAGGAUGAGCAUGUCUCCUCGCUGGGCAAGAAGUUAGAGCGUCUAAUGAAAAGCGAGCACAUCCUGGUAGCACCGCCGUCGUAUUUCUGGACGGGGCCACAGUCCUACUUUGUUAUGGUCGACUCUAAUAUAGAGUUGUACAAGAUGCUCACCCAGGCCCAGCUGGCGAUCUUUAAGGGUGAUCUCAACUAUCGCAAGCUGCUCGGCGACUAUAUUUGGGACUUCACGGAGGAGUUCAUCACAUGCCUGCGCGGCUUUCGGCCGACCAAUAUGUGCGCCAUGCGCAAUGUCAAAUGUGAGGUCAUCUGCGGUCUGCCUGAGGGUGUCGCGGAUCACUUGUUAAAAGUCGAUCCCAAUUGGAUGAUAUCCGGUUACUAUGGCGUUAUCCAGUAUACGGAUAGCUUUAAAUGCAAGUGCGAUGCUCAGCAAUCUUUAUGCUCGCUGAACAACAAGGCCUGAGCCAGUUUUCACUUGUGAGAAUGGCAGAUUCUUGCCUCGGCAAUCAGCAGGCAGCCUAUCGACGCCUCAUCGCCGCUACUGGUCGUAAGUGAAGGCGCGGCAGUUGCGGGAGGCCGAGCAAUGUCUUAAUUUGCAUUACGCUGCCAGCGAAGAAAACUCACAAUGCCUGAAAUAAAUGAGCCCAAAUUUGUCAGCGCACUUUGCCCAAAUCAAACUGCAUCGUUACGCCCACCGACUGAGCAUGCAGACAGGAGUCUGUGCCGCCUUUGGCUCUGCCUGGCUGCCACCUGCAUUUCUCCAGCCAGAGCCGAUCUUGCCUGGCCAGCGGCCCAUUGGCCAAUUGGCGAGUGACUAAUGCUGUUGGUUUUAUUGAUGUGGCGCACAUGCGCAGCCAUUUGUAUGCGAGAAGCUGCCGGCGUCGCGACUCGCCGGCUUGCCGGAUGACCAAUUGGAAAUGGAAAGUUGUGAAAAUCAACAUGUGGCUUGAGACGGUCGACUUAAAUUAUUGUCUAAAAAGUGAUAUAAAUAUAAGAAAUGUGGCGUUAAUUUCUUACAAGAACUGUUGAC